GGGCGGGCAUGUAGGUAUUAGUUCGCUAACGCCCCGAAUUGCCGUCGUAUUGGACCUCAGAUUGCCUAUAUAUAUACACGGAGCUCUCCAAAUUAUUUAUUCAUUCCUCUUUGCUUUGUUCAAUAAUUUGCGCUAUCGCUUGGAGGAGGAGCGAUCCAUUGCGUCCUUGGGAGACCUGGUUGAGACAUUUUGUCAGCAGAAGAAAAUUUACUUAACUGAUGAUUGAUCCACCUUUUGUCAGGGAUACCGUUAUGAAGAAAUCUCGCAAGGUACUGGUAAGGGGUUCUGGAUUCAACAUGCAUAGAAAUCAAAAUUACCCUUGUGGGAAAUUGGAAAGUUUUGUAGUGUCUGGCAGAUUUGAAUCUGAGAUGGCUUCCGAAGAUUCAAGUACUAAUAAGAGGAAGUCUGUAAAUUUAAGCUGUGCUGGUAAUAAAACAGAUGCACUUGGUAUACCUGUACAUGUCUUUCCAAUCUCUCAGAUGUCUAGGAGUGAAAAAAUAGAGCUGCGGAAUCGGUUGAAAUUGGAACUUGACCAAACAAGAUCCACCAGACAAAAGAUUGAAAGCAAAGAAUUUCAGGUUACUUCAUCAGGCAGUGUUCCAAUUGUAAGUGAUGGCCACAUUUCAAGGUUGGAAGGCAGAUGCUCAGAAAGUAAUCCUGUUAAAGGAGGCACUGGACCCUGUGCAGUUCAAGCCUCAGGAUCAUAUCAAGUAGAUAAUUGUUUAGGAAGUCAGGGUGUUGUUCAAACUUUUGCAAAAGAAAAGAGAAAUUCCAUAGUGAAUCAACAUUAUCUUAAUUCUAAAAAUGUAUCUUCUAAUAGUAAGAUUCCUUCAGCAGAGAAACCAAAUUCUAAAGGAAGUGUUAAGCGAGGCCUUUUGGAAGGAUUUGAAUCGAGAAAUAGAAAAAGACAGAGAGUGGAACUAGUUCAAAUUGAAACCUACACUGAGCAGAUGCAGCAGUGUGCUGAUAUUCUGAACAAGCUCAUGUCACAUAGGUUUGGUUGGGUUUUUAAUGCGCCUGUUAAUCCAGUUAAGUUGAAAAUCCCAGACUACUUUAAGAUUAUUACUGAACCCAUGGAUUUGGGAACAAUAAAGACUAAGCUAGAAAUGAGGCGCUAUUUGAGUCCAAUUGACUUUGCAUCUGAUGUGAGGCUGACUUUGGCCAAUGCAAUGAAAUACAAUCCUCCUACUAAUGAUGUUCAUCAGAUGGCGGUUACAUUGAAAAAACUAUUUGAGAGAAAUUGGAGUGUUGUUGAGACCAGGUUAGCUGGUGAAGAAGUUUAUAAAAAAAUAACCCAGGGUGUGCAGCUCAUUCCAACCAAAAAACAACUGGGUAAAACCAAGAUAUCAGAAAUAGAAAAUAAAUCAAAGGUAUCUUCUGAUGUAAAUUGUGUCCCUGCUUCGACCGUUCCAUUUGAGCAGAAACCCAAGGCUGAAAUAUGCAGACCCCCAAUGUCAUUUAUUGAGAAAGCAAAGCUUAGCAAGGAUCUUGAAGCGUUAUCUGCUAACAUGCCUGAACGAGUGUAUAACUUCUUAAAGAAGCAUACAGGACUUACCCAGUGUGAAGAUGAAGUUGAGGUGGAUAUUGAUUCAUUUAAUGACAAUAACUUAUGGGAGCUUCAGAUUCUUGUGAGCAAUUGCCUGAGAGACAGAGGACAAGGUGCAAAAUUUUCACAAGUUUCAGAGCCUGUCAAGUUGCAUGCAGAUUCUGGAGCUGCAGUGGGGUCUGGCUGCAAAUCUCCAAAGAUAGCUCAACAAGAUGGUGGUGCUCGCGGUGAAUAUGUUCAUGUUGGUGGGGAUGACAUGCAAGCUAUAAACUUCCCUAAGGUUGACAGUGAGGAGGUGACAGCUGCCAGCAUCAAAUCGAGCAGUUCCAGCAGCAGCUCAAGCAGCGAUUCUGGAUCUUCUUCUAGUGAUUCUGAUUCAGAAAGCUCAUCAGGAAGUGACUUAGCUACAGAUGAAGUGCAUUAUGCAGAUGCACAUCCUGAGGAAAGUGUGGAUUUCACUACUGGUAACAAGCAGAUGGUCCAAUCUGAUCCUGAGACUACUGGUGUGAAAAGUGCUGUCAGUGUUUUGGAUGAAGACAGUGUUUAUCCAAAAGCUGCAGUUUCUGUUAUAGAUGCUGCCCAGCAAGAAGGGGAGAGCGCUCCACGUUGGAGACAGGUCUCCCCAGACAAACUACUCCGGGCUGCCAUGUUGAAGAGUCGCUUUGCUGACACAAUUUUAAAAGCUCAGGAGAAGACACUCAAACAGCAUAACAGCGGAGAUCCAGAGAAGCUACGACGCGAGAAGGAAGAAUUAGAAAAAUCUCAAAGAGAAGAAAAAGCAAGAAUUCAAGCUGAAUCUAAGGCCGCAGAAGCAGAGGCUGCAGCCACUGCAAAACAAAAGAGAGAGAUGGAACGAGAGGCUGCUCGCUUAGCCUUGCAAAAAAUGGAAAAGACAGUGGAAAUUGAAGAAAAUAAUCAAAUUCUGAAGGAUCUUGAAAGGCUGAGCUAUGUUCCUGGUGACCACAUUCCAAGCUGUGGAGAUGAAAUCAGUACUGUUAGUUCUGUAGAUGGUUUGGUGACUUUUCCCUUACAGGGAAGAAAUCCUUUAGAGCAGCUUGGUCUAUUCAUUAAAUCAGAUGAGGAAGAAGAAACUAUUUCCGAUUGUGCUGCUGGUAAUGGUCUUGUGGAGGAAGGGGAGAUCGACUAGGGUGCUUAUUUGUAUGUUAUUUUAUUGCCUCCUUCUUCUUCGGAGUAGAAUGUAAUAUGGAUGCCAAAUCCUCAACGCAAGGUGUAUUAACCUUUCAGAUCAAUGUAUUGCACGCGGCAAACUAAUUUUGCGUUCAAUCUCAUUCCCCUUCAAUGGGGUGAUUAUGUCCUUAACAAAAGGUUUCAGGAUAAUUGGGCAGAAAACCAUCCGAGUUAUGAAGGGCUGACACAAUUUUGUUUCAAUGCAACAUGUUACUUUUGACCUCAGUGCUUGAGCGCUCGAGGUUGUAACUGGCUGGACAAAGGGCCAACUGGUCUAGCAUAAUCAUAAAUGGAAAUUUUGAUAUUUGAGAAGAUGGUAUAAAUAGAAAAUAAAUCAUUUAUGGGUGUCAA